UUUCCCGCCUCUGCCCACAGUUUCGACCUGGACGAGCGCACCCCCGGUAACGGGUACCGGAGCCUGGUGCAAACGGUGCGCUGCUGCCUGGCCCACGCCGUGCACAAGAGCCGCUACGUGGCCGCCAACCGGGGCAGCUUGUUCUUCCGCGCCGGGCACAACGCGGCCGAGCUGGAGGCGUACGGGGCGGCGCUGGCGCAGCUCAGGGCGCUGGUGGGCUUGGCCGAGAGGCUCGUGGCCAGUAGCCCCCCCGGUUGCCUGUUCCCGCCCGAGGAGGCCGGCAUGGCGCAGGUGGUGCUGCGGGAGUACAGCACCAUGAGCAAUGGGUGCUUCUACGGGAGGUGCCUGGGCUUUCAGGUGACCCCGUCCCUGCGGCCGCUCCUCCAGGCCAUCGCCAUCGGGCUCGUGUCCUUCGGGGAGAACUACAAACCCAAUGACUCGGGGCUGGGGAUGGCCGCCGGGUCGCUGUUCACCAGCGGGAAGUUCGCUCUGGACCCCGAGCUGCGUGGGGACGAGUUUGAGCGGCUGACGCAGAACCUGGACGUGCAGUUCUGGAAACGCUUCUGGAACCUCACCGAGACCCAGCUGCUGGCGUCGGUGGCGGCCAUGGCGGCGGCGCCGGUCGAGCUGUGCCGGGCGCUGUCGGUGCCGCCGGAGCCGCUGGAGGCUGCCGCUGCACGGGGGACCCCGCGGCCACCGUCACCAUCGCCCCCCCCCGUGGCGCACACGGGCCCCGGCCCCGUGCACAUGAGGCUGCUGUCCUACCACCUGCGGGACGGGCAGGACAGCGCCGCCCUGCUGGCCCUGACCCGCUCCGAGGGUCCCCGCGCCCCAUUGCGCUGGCUGCGGGGGGGCCCCACGCUGCCCCCCUCCCCCGCGCUGCUGCUCCAUUUCCACGGGGGGGGGUUCGUGGCGCAGACCUCGCGCUCCCACGAGCCCUAUUUGCGGGGGUGGGCGCGCGAGCUGGGCGCCCCCAUCCUGUCGGUGGAUUACGCGCGCCCCGAGGCGCCGUUCCCCAGGGCGCUGGAGGAGUGCUUCUACGCCUAUUGCUGGGCGCCGCACUGCCGCCUGCUGGGCUCCACGGCGCAGCGCGUGUGCCUGGCGGGGGACAGCGCGGGGGGGAACCUGUGCCUGUCGGUGUCGCUGCGCGCGGCCGCCAUGGGGGUGCGCCCCCCCCAGGGCAUCGUGGCCGCGUACCCGGUGACGCUGGUGCAGGCGGCCGCGUCGCCCUCGCGCCUCCUCACGCUGCUCGACCCGCUGCUGCCCAUCAGCGUGCUGUGCCAGUGCCUGCGCGCCUACGCGGGUACUGACGAGGACGGGGACCCCUCCCCCCCCGCCCUGGAGCCCCUGACCCCCCCGCGGCUGCUGCUGCGCGACCUGCGCCGGGGGGCGGCCCAGUGGCUGGGGGGGCUGUUCCGGGGGGGCCCCCCCAAGGACGCCCCCCCCCCGCAAGAGCCUCUCGGAGCAGCCGCCCCCCCCCGGCUGGGGCCGGGACCCCCCGAAAUGACACGGGGACCCCCCCAGAAUGACACGGGGACCUCCCAGAAUGAUGGGGGGACCCCCGAAAAUGGGGGGGGGGGGGCCCCAAAAGGAGGGGGGCGACGACUUCCAGCCGCUGCGCACGCGCGGCCCCCCCGCGCGCUUCCUGCCCCCCCGGCCCCCCUGGCCCGGAACCCCUUCAUGUCCCCCCUGUUGGCCCCCGAGCCCCUAUUGGGGGCGCUGCCGCCCGUGCACCUCGUGGCGUGCGCCCUGGACCCCAUGCUGGACGACUCGGUGUCGCUGGCGCGGCGCCUGCGGGAUCUGGGGCGCCCGGUGACGCUGCACGUGGUCCCCGACCUGCCCCACGGAUUCCUGAGCCUGGGGGCGCUGAGCCCCGAGACGCGCCGCGCCACCGCGCUCUGCACGCGCCUCAUCCGCGCCGUGCUGCACCCCCCGGACCCACACUUGGGGGGCAGGCGGGGGUCGCUGUUCCUUGGGGGGCGCAGGGACAGUCUGGACCCACACUUGGGGGGCAGGAGGGGGUCGGUGAUGCUCGGGACCCAUAGCCCACAGGAUGGGGCCCGCCGUGGGUCGGGGGUGCUCGGGACCCAUAGUGAUAUCCCGGACCCACACUUGGGGGGCAGGCGGGGAUCGGUGUUAGUUGGGGGGCGCAGGGACAGUGUGGACCCACACUUGGGGGGCAGGCGGGGGUCAGCGAUGCUCGGGACCCAUAGGGAUAGUCUGGACCCACACUUGGGGGGCAGGCGGGGGUCGGUGUUGCUGGAGAGUCCCCGCCGUGGGUCGGGGGUGCUCGGGACCCAUAGUGACAUCCCGGACCCACACUUGGGGGGCAGGCGGGGGUCGGUGUUGGUUGGGGGGCGCAGGGACAGCUCAGCCCCACAGGAUGGGGCCCGCCGUGGGUCAGUGAUGCUCGGGACCCAUAGGGAUAGUCCAGACCCACACUUGGGGGGCAGGAGGGGGUCAGUGAUGCUCGGGACCCAUAGCCCACAGGAUGGGGCCCGCCGUGGGUCAGGGGUGCUGGGGACCCAUAGCAACAAUCCCGACCCACACUUGGGGGGCAGACGGGGGUCGGUGUUACUUGGGGGGCAGAGGGACAAGCCGGUGACCCACAGCAUGGGGGGCGCGACCCACAGCGCGGGGGCUGCAGCCAAAGCUGGUGGGGGGGACGCGGCGACCCACAGCAAUGGGGCCACUGUGACCCAUAGCGAUGGGGCCACUGUGACCCAUAGCGAUGGGGCCGCUCUGCCCCAUAGCACCAGCAAAGUCCUGACCCACAGCAAUGGGGCCACUGUGACCCACAGCGAAGGGGCCACUGUGACCCAUAGUGAUGGGGCUGCUCUGCCCCAUAGCACCAGCAAAGUCCUGACCCAUAGCGAAGGGGCCACUGUGACCCACAGCGAAGGGGCCACUCUGCCCCAUAGCGAUGGGGCCGCUCUGCCCCAUAGCACCAGCAAAGUCCUGACCCACAGCAAUGGGGCCACUGUGACCCAUAGCGAAGGGGCCACUGUGACCCACAGCGAAGGGGCCACUCUGCCCCAUAGCGAUGGGGUCGCUCUGCCCCAUAGCUCCAGCCCCACACCCCCGCCCCCCAACCCAGCCCAGCCCCACAUCGGGGGGGUCCCCACCCAGCCCCCCCUGCCCCCCCCCAUGCUGUGGGGCCCCCCCCGGGACCCCCCCGGGACCCCCCCAAACCCCCGGAGGCCCAGCGGCCCCGCGGGGAGAGAAGUGGGGUCCUGACCCAUAGAUCUGGGGGGCCUGACCCACAGAUUUUGGGAUCCCCGACCCACAGAUUUUCGGGUUGUGACCCACAGAUUUUGGGGUCCUGCCCCACAGAUUUUGGGGAUCCUGACCCACACAUUUUGGGGUCCUGACCCACAGAUUUGGGGGUCCUGACCUAUAGAUUUUGGGAUCCUGCCCCACAGAUUGUGGAGUCCUGACCCAUAGAUUUUGGGGGUCCUGACCCAUAGAUCUGGGGGUCCUGACCCAUAGAUUUUGGGGGUCCUGACCCACAGAUUUCGGGGUCCUGCCCCACAGAUUUUUGGGGGUCCCGACCCACAGAUUUUCGGGUUGUGACCCACAGAUUUCGGGGUCCUGACCCAUAGAUCUGGGGGUCCUGACCCAUAGAUUUUGGGGUCCUGACCCACAGAUUUUUGUGGCCCUGACCCAUAGGUUUGAGUUUGUGACCCACAGAUUUCAAGGUCCUGACCCAUAGAUUUGGGGGUCCUGCCCCACAGAUUUUGGGAUCCUGACCCACAGAUUGUGGAGUCCUGACCCAUAGAUUUUGGGGGUCCUGACCCAUAGAUCUGGGGGUCCCGACCCACAGAUUUUCGGGUUGUGACCCACAGAUUUUGGGGUCCUGACCCAUAGAUCUGGGGUCCUGACCCAUAGAUUUUAGGGUCCUGCCCCACAGAUUUUGGGAUCCCGACCCACAGAUUUCGGGGUCCUGACCCAUAGAUCUGGGGGUCCUGCCCACAGAUUUGGGGGUCCCAGCCCCCGUCCCGGCUGACGGACACCACACGCUGUGGGGCUGGGGGUCAAAGCUCUUUAUUACCCCCCCAAUCUCCCCACACAAUAAAUCCAGAUGUGGGGCAGCACCGCGACCCCCAACAACAA